UAGAGAGAGAGAGAGAGAGCGCAGUAGGUUAGUGGUAGAGAGAGAGAGAGAGAGCUGUGAAACUAUGUCGUGAGGGAAAAAGAGAGCGCAGUAGGUUAGUGGUAGAGAGAGAGAGAGAGAGAGCUGUGCAACUAUGUCGUGAGAGAAAAAAGAGAGCGCAGUAGGUUAGUGGUAGAGAGAGAGAGAGAGCUGUGAAACUAUGUCGUGAGGGAAAAAGAGAGCGCAGUAGGUUAGUGGUAGAGAAAGAGAGAGAGAGAGACAGAGAGAGAGCGCAGUAGGUUAGUGGUAGAGAGAGAGAGAGAGCUGUGAAACUAUGUCGUGAGGGAAAAAGAGAGCGCAGUAGGUUAGUGGUAGAGAGAGAGAGAGAGAGAGCUGUGAAACUAUGUCGUGAGAGAAAAAAGAGAGCGCAGUAGGUUAGUGGUAGAGAGAGAGAGAGAGCUGUGAAACUAUGUCGUGAGAGAAAAAAGAGAGCGCAGUAGGUUAGUGGUAGGUAAACUCUUUGCUUUACUCUUCGCUAAAUCGUCCGGUAGUUUCCAUGUCCUCUACUUCUUACAACUUGAAAACUCUGCUGGUUGGCUGACUGCUCCUACAGCACCGGAUCAGAGCGCAGCCGUAAUGCCGCCCUGUGUCCCCUCUCUCCCCAACAGGGACAGCGACACGACCCUCCGACUCACCCUGGAGGACCGAACUCUUCCCCGGGCACAGUGCUGUUAGGAGCGGCGCCGGGCUGGAAGAAGAAGGGACUCAGAGUGUCGGAGCUCGGCUAUAGCCUUUUUGUCUGGGACUGGGACUGCACCGGGACAGACAGACAGACGUUCCGCCAUGAGACAUUAGCGGCUACCGCCUGACACACACAGCACACAGCCAAGUCGGACAUCCAGUCUUCACAAUGAGCCGUUAAAUUCCUGCUCUCGUCUCCGGAGUGGAGGAGAAGAGGAGGCAGCGAAGAGUUUCAUUCAUCUCUCUUCGUGUGUGUGUGUGUGUGUGUGUGUGUGAGCUGGACCGCGUUCCAGCCGUGGUGGACGUUAAGAUGCGGUGGAUAACGCUGUUAGUAGUGGGUCUAACGGUCUGGACUACUCUGUCUCACUGCUUCGACUAUGAAGAACCCAGUUUUGACUAUUACAACGAAGGAGACAAGACGGAAAAUAUAGACUACAAAGACCCGUGUAAAGCCGUUGCGUUUUGGGGAGACAUUGCGUUGGACGAGGAGGAUCUGCGGAUGUUUCAGAUCGACAGGACAAUAGACGUGACACAACACACACACACUCCCUCACACACUCCCUCACACACUCACACACACUCUCACACACACACUCACACACACUCCAGACAAGGACAAACGACUGACUAUAGGCCUAUGAACUCCAGUCAAGAACCAGCCUCCGGUCCCAGGACCCAGACUGGGAAAACAGCUGCUGGAAGGACUGGGAAGGCUGGGAAAGCCGUAAAGAGUGGGAAUACUGUGAAGUUGGCUAGAUUCGGGAAAACAGAGAAUGCCUGGAGCGAUGUUGUGAAGAAUCGUGUUCCUAGAGCAGCAACCUCCCGAGCUGAGAGGAUCUGGCCAGGGGGAGUCAUACCUUACAUCAUAGGAGGAAACUUCACCGGCAGUCAAAGAGCGAUGUUCAAGCAGGCGAUGCGUCACUGGGAGAAACUGACCUGCGUGACCUUCAUAGAGAAGACUGAAGAAGAGAGUUACAUCGUCUUCACGUACAGACCCUGUGGCUGUUGCUCCUACGUGGGUCGUCGUGGUAAUGGUCCUCAGGCGAUAUCGAUAGGGAAGAACUGUGAUAAGUUUGGCAUCGUGGUUCAUGAGUUGGGUCACGUGAUCGGGUUCUGGCAUGAACACACCCGGCCCGACCGAGACGAUCACGUCACCAUCAUCAGAGACAACAUACAACCAGGUCAGGAGUAUAACUUCUUGAAGAUGGAACCAGGAGAGGUGAACUCGCUGGGAGAGCCUUAUGACUUCGACAGCAUCAUGCAUUAUGCUAGGAACACCUUCUCACGAGGUAUGUUUCUAGACACCAUUCUCCCAUCUAGAGAUGAGAAUGGGAUCCGUCCUGCCAUUGGACAGAGGACCCGACUCAGUAAAGGAGACAUCUCUCAGGCCAGGAAGCUCUACAGAUGCCCCGCGUGCGGGGAGACCCUACAGGAGUCGACAGGUAACUUCUCAUCGCCCGGUUACCCCAACGGUUAUCCCUCGUACACACACUGUGUCUGGAGGGUCUCUGUCACCCCGGGAGAGAAGAUUGUUCUAAACUUUACCACUAUGGACCUGUAUAAGAGCUCUCUCUGUUGGUAUGACUACAUAGAAGUUAGAGAUGGAUACUGGAGGAAGGCCCCACUGCUAGGUAGGUUCUGUGGGGAUCAGGUUCCUGAGGGUCUGGUGUCGGCAGAGAGUCGGAUGUGGAUUGAGUUCCGAAGCAGCAGUAACUGGGUGGGAAAGGGAUUCACAGCUGUUUAUGAAGCUGUCUGUGGAGGAGAGAUCUUGAAGGAUCAGGGCCAGAUUCAGUCCCCUAACUAUCCUGAUGACUACCGUCCAUCUAAAGACUGUGUUUGGAGGAUCACCGUCUCAGAGGGGUACAACGUAGGACUCAGCUUCCAGGCCUUUGAGAUUGAGAGACAUGACAGCUGUGCCUACGACUACCUGGAGGUGCGUGACGGCCCGGCCGAAUCCAGCCCUCUGAUUGGUCGAUUCUGCGGGUACGACAGACCAGAGGACGUCCGCUCCACCUCACACAGCCUCUGGAUGAAGUUCGUCUCCGACGGAACCGUCAACAAGGCCGGCUUCGCUGCCAACUUCUUCAAAGAGGAGGAUGAGUGUUCUAAGCCAGAUAACGGAGGCUGUGAACAGAGGUGUGUCAAUACGCUGGGAAGCUUCAAGUGUGCCUGCGACCCCGGGUACGAGCUGGCCCUGGACAAAAAGAGCUGCGAAGCUGCAUGUGGAGGUCUUCUGUCUAAGCUAAACGGAACCAUCUCCACUCCCGGCUGGCCCAAGGAGUACCCCCCUAAUAAGAACUGUGUGUGGCAGGUAGUUGCUCCAACCCAGUACAGAAUAUCAAUGCAGUUUGAAUCCUUCGAGCUGGAGGGCAACGAGGUGUGUAAGUAUGACUUUGUGGAGGUGCGUAGCGGCCUAUCGUCAGACAGUAAGCUGCACGGAAAAUACUGCGGUACGGAGGUUCCCGAGGUCAUCACAUCACAGUACAACAACAUGAGAAUAGAGUUCAAGUCUGACAACACCGUGUCCAAGAAGGGCUUCAAGGCUCACUUCUUCUCUGACAGGCCUGCGUUGUGUCACGAACGCGUGUUUGUGUUUGAGUCGUGUCACGACGCCAAGCGACCUCGACCCCGUAACAAUGACAAUGCGCCGGCGACCUCAGGCAGGGUCAGAGAUAAGGAUGAAUGCAGUAAGGAUAAUGGCGGCUGCCAACAUGACUGUAUAAACACAGUGGGAUCGUACGUAUGCCAGUGUCGACACGGAUUCAUACUACAUGAGAACAAACAUGACUGUAAAGAAGCUGAGUGUAAGCAUAAGGUCCACAGCCCCAGCGGGACCAUGAACAGCCCCAACUGGCCUGAUAAAUAUCCCAGUAGGAAGGAAUGUACCUGGGACAUCACCACUACACCUGGACACAGAGUCAGACUGUCAUUUAAUGAAUUUGAGAUCGAGCAGCAUCAGGAGUGUGCAUAUGAUCACCUGGAGGCCUUUGACGGGGAGGGUGACUCAGCGGCCAUCUUGGGUCGGCUGUGUGGCAGUAAGAUUCCGGAACCGCUGGUCUCCACGGGUAACAAGAUGUACCUGCGUUUCAUCUCUGACGCCUCGGUUCAGAGGAAAGGAUUCCAGGCCACACACUCCACUGAGUGUGGAGGGAGGUUGAAGGCAGAGACUCGUCAGAAGAACCUCUACUCACACUCCCAGUUUGGAGAUAACAACUACCCCGGCCAUACGGACUGUGAGUGGUUGGUGACGUCAGAGGAGGGUUACGGAAUAGAGUUGACCUUUACGACCUUCGAGGUGGAGGAGGAGGCGGACUGUGGUUAUGACUACAUAGAGCUGUACGAUGGUUAUGACUCUAACUCACACAGACUGGGACGGUUCUGUGGUUCUGGGGUAAGGAUGGGUAUCACAUACAUAAUGACUCUAACUCACACAGACUGGGACGGUUCUGUGGUUCUGGGCCCAGAGAGGAGAUCUACUCUGCGGGUGACGCGGUGUUGAUCCGUUUCCAUAGCGACGACACCAUCAGUAAGAAGGGGUUCCACAUCCGCUACACCAGCACCCAGUUCCAGCAGAACCUUCACACCAGGAAGUGAUGUCACAACACCACGACCCCUAGCCUCACUGUGCCGACAAGACAACCACAGGCCCCUUUUCUCCUCUGACUGACAGGCGCCAAACACACACACACACACACACACACUGUUUUGAGGAGAGGAGUGAGUGUGGGUGAGAACCAGAGGAGAGAGGGGGAGGACUGAUCAGUCCGUCUCUUAACAGGGGAGCUUCUAGAACUCUGAGGACUACAUGUGAAGAGAGACUGGAUCACAGCUUCACACUGUAACAGGAUUAAUGGAACUGCAACGGGAACUGGAUUAAAUACUGAAACUGGAUUAAAUACUGAAACUGGAUUAAAUACUGAAACUGGAUUAAAUUCUGAAACUGGAUUAAAUACUGAAACUGGAUUAAAUACUGAAACUGGAUUAAAUACUGAAACUGGAUUAAAUUCUGAAACUGGAUUAAAUACUGAAACUGGAUUAAAUUCUGAAACUGGAUUAAAUACUGAAACUGGAUUAAAUUCUGAAACUGGAUUAAAUACUGAAACUGGAUUAAAUACUGAAACUGGAUUAAAUUCUGAAACUGGAUUAAAUACUGAAACUGGAUUAAAUACUGAAACUGGAUUAAAUACUCAAACUGGAUUAAAUACUGAAACUGGAGUGUGAACAGGAACUGGAUUUAAUACUGUAACUGGAGUGACUAACUAACUGACUGGCUGUUUGGCUGAAUGAGUCACUGACUAUUUGACUGAGUGACUGGCUGACUAUUUUACUGGCUAACUGACUGACUGUCUGAUUGGCUGGUUGACUGAUUGACUGGCUGACUGACUGUCUGAUUGGCUGGUUGACUGAUUUACUGGCUGUUUGGCAGGCUGACUGACUGACUGGCUAACUGAUUCACUGAUGGACUGGCUGACUGACUGAUUGGCUGACUGAUUCACUGAUGGACUGGCUGACUGACUGAUUGGCUGACUGAUUCACUGAUGGAUUGACUGACUGUCUGAUUGGCUGGUUGACUGAUUGACUGGCUGACUGACUGUCUGAUUGGCUGGUUGACUGAUUGACUGACUGGCUAACUGAUUCACUGAUGGACUGACUGACUGACUGAGAGAAGCAUGAGGUAACGCUGAGGCAACAUUAUACAAACUGAGAGACAACAUCCUGAUAACUUUCUGACAACUUCCUGUUCAGACAAUGUUCAGACAACGUUUCAGACAAAUCUCAUACAAACCGAGAGACGACGUUCAGACAACGGCCAGACAACUUACGGUGCUGACAAAGUUCUGACCAUUUUUGAGGUUUGACAAAGUCCUGACAAUGUUCUGUUUAGAAAACAUUCUGACAACGUUCAGACAAACUUUAUACAAACUGAGAGACAAUGUCUUUCUGACAACGUUCUGACAACGUUCUUCUGAAAACGUCCUGACAACGUUGGGUUUUGACAGCACUUAUAUUGCCUUAGAACCAAAUGUACGUUCUUGAGUCUCUCUAACAUUAGUUGUUAUUUGUUUGUUUGUUUUGAAUAAUUUGAUUUGACAAUGAGUUUGCAGAACUUGAAAGAUGUAUUGUUAAAUAAGACAAAAGAGGAAACUGGUCAGGUGUGUGUGUGUGUGUGUGUGUGUGUGUGUGUGUGUGUGUGUGUGUGUGUAAAGAGUCGUCUCAUGUAUUGUAUGUGCCAAGCUCCUGGUGAUUCUGUCCCUCUGUAGGAUCUGUCUAGACCUCUCUCCUCCAUGUUUGUAGUUCUGUUCUAUCAUAUCUCCUCCAUGUUUGUAGUUCUAAGGAACAAAAAUGGCUUCCUCUCUAUGCUGAGUCAUUAAAACUACACACAGGUAAAAGAUAA